AGGUAGCCUAGUAUUGAAGCUCAAUCACUCUCUCUCUCUCUCUCUCCCUCUAGACUCGCAAUGGCGGCAGUGGCAGUGAACGGAGCGAAACUCGGUACGGCUUCGCAGGCUUACUUGGAAAGCAGAGCAGUGAGCGACACCAAGGUUCUGAUAUCAGACCUGUGCCGCCAGUUCUACAAUCUUGGAUGGGUCUCAGGGACUGGUGGUAGCAUCACAAUCAAAGUUCACGAUAACUCUGUUCCUAAGCCCCAACAACUCGUAGUCAUGUCUCCCUCUGGCGUUCAGAAGGAGAGAAUGCUACCAGAGGACAUGUAUGUGUUAUCUCCAAAUGGGUCUAUCUUGUCUACUCCAUCUCCGAAGCCGUACCCACACAAACCUCCUAAGUGUUCUGAUUGUGGUCCACUUUUUAUGAAGAAUAUAGCCAAGAGGCGAUUGAUUUCGCGGAGAAAAAUGUCAAGGAAUCUCAAUUACAAGGCAUAUGAGAUGCGUAAUGCUGGGGCUGUUAUUCAUAGUCAUGGGAUAGAAUCUUGUCUUGUAACAAUGAUCAAUCCAUUAGCAAAAGAAUUCCGAAUUACUCAUAUGGAGAUGAUCAAAGGAAUCCAAGGGCAUGGUUAUUAUGAUGAACUUGUGGUCCCAAUAAUAGAGAACACUGCCUAUGAAUAUGAGCUGACAGAGUCUCUUGCCAAAGCUAUUGAAGCCUACCCAAAAACAACAGCUGUGCUUGUUCGUAAUCAUGGCAUCUAUAUAUGGGGAGACUCAUGGAUCAGCGCUAAAACUCAGGCUGAAUGCUAUCACUAUCUCUUUGAUGCUGCUAUCAAACUUAACCAGUUGGGUUUGGACCCGUCUACUCCAAUCCAUGGUCCUAUACAAAAUGUCAAAGGAGUUUUAGGAAGUGGUAUUCACAGAAACAUAUCUGUGAAUGCUGGGACUGCAGCUUCAGAUAAUAAAUCUGACCAGUCACAACGUUGCAUUGUUCUUGACAUUGAGGGAACUACUACUCCCAUAUCGUUUGUGACUGAUGUUCUCUUUCCAUACGCCCGCAAUAAUGUUGGGAGGCAUUUGUCUGCAACAUAUGACACCACAGAAACUCAAGAUGACAUAAAGUUGUUGCGCUUCCAGGUUCAAGAUGACCUGGAAAAAGGUGUUGUUGGUUCUGUUCCCAUCCCCUUGGAAGAUCACUGCCUUGAAACAGUUGCAAGUAAGCAAUUUUUUGUACUUAUAAGGAAUUUUCUUGCUAUGUUGCGUAUCAUUUGGGAUAUAAGACUUUCGGCUAUGCAGGGACACAUCUGGAGAACUGGAUAUGAAAAGAAGGAAUUAGAGGGAGUAGUUUUUGAGGAUGUACCAGAAGCUCUUAAGAAAUGGCAUGAUUCUGGCAUAAAGGUGUACAUAUACUCUAGUGGUAGCAGGUUGGCACAGAGACUUAUAUUUGGCAACUCAAACUAUGGGGACCUAAGAGAAUAUUUGUCUGGAUUUUUCGACACCACAGUGGGGAACAAAAGGGAAAGUAGCAGUUAUGCUGAAAUUGUACAAUCAGUUGGAGUUGAUAAGCCAUCACAGGUUUUAUUUGUGACAGAUGUCUUUCAAGAAGCUGUUGCUGCAAAGGAAGCAGGAUUGGAAGUUAUUGUAUCUAUCCGACCAGGGAAUGGACCUCUUCCAGAAAAUCAUGGGUUCAAGACAAUCAAUUCUUUCUCGGAAAUCUGAAUGCGUGCUUUGUAAUCAUAUAGCAUGAAAUAUAUAUUGCCAUGAAUAAAUACAUGAAUAAAAUAUACAACUUUUCCAGGUUGUCAAAAAGGUCUUAUAUAGGGCCUUUGACUUGUAGACAAGAGGUCUCAGGUUCGAACCCCCUGACAUCUUAGUUGUGUUUGUAUGAGAAAUUCAUCUCUCCAUUAGUUUAGACUAUCGCUUGUACUAUAAAAAAUAAUAAAAAAAUAAAAAAAAUGCAUAACCGUGUUUCUUGGAUUUUU